AUGCCAUCUCUACCAUUGCUUGCACAAGCUACGGUGGCCAAGCACAACACUCCUAAGGACUGUUGGGUUACGCUUUUCAACCGUAAGGUUUACGAUGUCACAAGUUUCCUCGACGAGCAUCCUGGUGGCGCAGAUUUAAUCUACCCUUACGCUGGUAAGGAUGUCACCGAGAUUAUGGCCGAUCGCCUGUCCCAUGACCAUUCAGAGAGUGCCUACGAAAUGUUGGAUGAAGACAUGUUGGUCGGCUACCUUGCUACCCCUGAAGAGGAAAAGGAGCUUCUUAACAACAAAAAUAAUGUCGAUGUUGAGGUUAAGUUAACUGGCGAGGAAUCUUUCAACAUGUACGAGUUCCAUGACAAGUUACCCGCCGAACAUCUUCUUUCCGUGCAAACGGAUUACGACGAUGAUGUUAAGAAGCACAAAUUUUUGGAUUUGAACAGACCGUUACUUAUGCAAGUUUUGACGGGUGGUUUCACCAAGGAAUUUUACUUGGAACAAGUACAUCGUCCCCGCCACUAUGGUAAGGGUUCUGCUCCUUUGUUUGGAAACUUUUUGGAACCGAUCUCGUUGACGCCGUGGUGGGUUGUUCCGCUCGUGUGGCUUCCUCCCAAUUUGUUUCUUUUCUAUCUCGGAAUGAAAGAAAACCACUGGCUCGUGGCUUUGUCGUUCUGGGUCUUGGGCUUGUUUGUGUGGACUUUCGUGGAGUAUUGUUUGCACCGGUUUCUUUUCCACUUGGACCAAUAUUUGCCGGACCACCCUAUCUUUUUGACUUUGCAUUUCUUGUUGCACGGGAUCCACCAUUACCUUCCUAUGGAUGGUUAUCGUUUGGUGUUGCCUCCAACUUUGUUUGUCGUGUUGGCGUACCCGUUCUACCGCCUCAUCUUUGGGAUUUUCCCAUACUCGUGGGCCUUGUCUGGGUUCGCAGGUGGCACUUUGGGCUACAUUAUGUAUGAUGUCACCCACUAUGUUCUUCACCACGCAAAGUUACCUGGUUACUUACAAGAUGUGAAGACAUAUCAUUUGGAGCACCACUACAAAAAUUAUGAGAUGGGGUUUGGUGUCACUUCGAGGUUUUGGGACGUUAUUUUUGGGACGGAAAUCACCGGUACAUACGAUAAGAAUCAGUAA